AACACGCCAUAGGGUUGUUCUUUUAUUUUGACCAAACGGAAGUGCCAAUGUUUUGAUGGGCGCUACGGAAGGAGCUCCGUCCAGCGGUCCAAUGCAAUCUUACCAAUAGUCGUACGCUUUCUAUCUAUGUUGUUAUUAAAUAACCACUUAACGUUAACAUCAGCCGAUAGCCAUAAUGGAAUUCAUAUCCCAGUACCUUACCGGUGUUAGGCUUUCGAAGGCGGCCCUGUUCGUGCCUUGUCUCCUGCCCGUCCUGCUAGUUGGGGGCCAGGGCACUGCGAUGGACAACACUGCUACUGAGAGGAUGGCUGAGGAGAGCCACCGACAGGACAGUGCCAACCUCCUGAUAUUCAUCAUGCUCCUCACACUCACUAUUCUCACCAUCUGGCUAUUCAAACACCGCCGGUUUAGGUUUAUCCACGAAACAGGACUUGCAAUGAUUUAUGGUCUGUUGGUGGGUGUGAUCCUUCGGUUUGGGGUCCAUGUGCCCCAGAACAUGAACAAUGUGAUCCCGAGUUGUGCUGUCAACGCCAGUACCGCCACUCUGCUGGUCAACGUCAACGGGAGAUUCUUUGAGUAUAUUCUGAAAGGAGAGGUCAGCCGUGGAAACGGCCAUCAAGUACAAGAUGACGAGAUGUUGAGGAAGGUGACCUUUGACCCAGAAGUGUUUUUCAACAUUUUGCUACCUCCAAUCAUCUUCCAUGCUGGUUACAGUUUGAAAAGGAGACACUUCUUCAGGAACAUUGGCUCCAUCCUGACCUACGCCUUUGUGGGAACCGUCAUAUCCUGCCUAGUUAUAGGGUCGAUCAUGUAUGGUGUUGUGACUUUCAUGAAGGCUGUGGGACAGCUAGGAGGAGAUUUCUUCUUCACUGACUGUCUCCUUUUUGGGGCCAUCGUCUCGGCAACCGACCCAGUGACGGUGCUGGCUAUCUUCAACGAGCUGAAGGUGGACGUGGACUUGUACGCUCUACUGUUUGGAGAGAGCGUCCUCAACGAUGCUGUGGCCAUCGUCCUCUCUUCCUCCAUCGCGGCCUACCAGCCCGCCGGGGACAACAGCCACAGCUUCGAGGCGCUGGCCAUGCUGAAGUCCUUCGGCGUGUUCCUGGCCGUGUUCAGCGGCUCCUUCCUGCUUGGGGUGGCCACCGGCGUCAUGACCGCCUUCGUGACCAAAUUUACCAAACUGAGGGACUUCCCGCUGUUGGAGACAGCUCUCUUUUUCCUCAUGUCCUGGAGUACCUUUCUAUUGGCUGAAGCCUGCGGGUUCACUGGUGUGGUGGCCGUUCUGUUCUGUGGAAUAACUCAGGCUCAUUACACCUAUAAUAACCUCUCACCCGAGUCCCAGGAGAGAACCAAGCAGCUCUUUGAGUUGCUGAACUUCUUGGCGGAGAACUUCAUCUUCUCCUACAUGGGCCUGACGCUGUUCUCCUUCCAGUCCCACGUCUUCAACCCCCUCUUCAUCAUCGGAGCCUUCGUGGCUGUGUUCCUGGGCAGGGCAGCGAACAUCUACCCUCUGUCCUUCCUCAUCAACCUGGGUCGCAAGCACAAGAUCCGCUCCAACUUCCAGCACGUCAUGAUGUUUGCAGGUCUGCGCGGGGCCAUGACCUUUGCCCUCUCCAUCCGGGACACGGCGACCUACGCGCGCCAGAUGAUGUUCUCCACCACGCUGCUCAUCGUCUUCUUCACCGUGUGGAUCUGUGGGGGCGGGACCACCCCCAUGCUGUCCUUCAUGAGCAUACCGGUGGGUGUGGACUCGGACCAGGACAGCUCUGUGGUGCUGGCCGAUGGCUCUCAGCGUAGAAGCACAAAGCACGAGAGCGCUUGGCCCUUCAGAAUGUGGUACAACUUUGACCACAACUACGUGAAGCCCCUGCUAACCCACAGCGGACCCCCGCUGACAGCCACCAUGCCCGCCUGCUGCGGCCCGCUGGCCCGCUGCCUCACCAGCCCCCAGGCCUACGAGAACGAGGGUCGUCUCCACGACGACGACAUCGACCUCAUCCUGAACGACGCCAACGCCAGCUCCAUGUACGCCGACGUCACCGUCAGGACGGACGCCUUCGGGGUCCACGGCGCCACCGACGGCAGCGGCGCCCGGGCGGCCCCCGGGGGGCCCGAGGACCCGGACCGGGAGCUGGCCCUGGGGGAAAACGAGCUGGUGAUCCGGGGCACCCGGCUGGUCCUGCCCCUGGAGGACCCGGUGGACCCGGGCCAGGCCACCUCCCCCUCACGCAGACACCGGUUCUGACCGGUUCUGACCGGCUCCACCGCUCCUUAAGGAACCGCUGGUGGGGGGGGUGCUUCACUGGGCUACCGCUGGUCUGGAUCUGCUGGGGGGGGGGUCCAGUAUGUGUUGCUUCAAGGUACAACUGAGGACUUUACUUUGGGUAGGAUUAGUUCUUAUUCCCGUGGCAACGAGCCCUACGAGCACUUAGCAUGUCAAACGGUUCAGUGGGGCUGAGAUGUAACGUUAAAAUAACCUCCGGAGUCAAAGAAUCUACCACAUAACCUACGUCAGGGAUUUAUCCCCCAGGGUCGGUAGUAUAUACUAAAUAUUGCAACAAAGGCAUGAAUAUCAUCCAAUACAAGGUAUUACUUUAUUCUCAUGUGCAUCUUGAGUGUUUACGCUUCCUCAAAUCAACAUGAAUGCUGAUCUUUUGUUUUGGUAGUGGGGCUCGGUUGGUCGAUUUGUCUCUCUUCCGCUCAAACUCGUGGGCAUUGCUGUCAAUGUGAGGCUCAAUGGGUCAACGUGGUGUUUACCUCCCGAUAAACAGCUUGGAGGUCAACAACAUGACAGCACUGAGCACGUUGUAUUCACUAAACAAGGGGACUCGAUCACAUUCCAAGGAGGACUUUGAAGUUCAAUCUCUCACGCUAUUGGCUGUAGUAAUAUUCUCCUGUUUUUAGCCAAUGGGCGGCUGAGAAUGGGGUUUGGGAUGCAUAUUGAUUGUGAUUUUGGUAAGGACAUAAUAAGGGAAGAUGAUAUUUAGAAGAAGUCAACUAAUGAGUAAAUUUUACUUCAUAAUUAAUGAUGCAACGGUACAAUUUGAACUCCUACCAUCUACUACGUUUGACUUUCACUCCUAAUCUUCUGAUUUAUUUAUUUAUUUCUUGAAGCAAAUGAAAGAAAAUCGAUAUUUAUUAUUUAUUUAUUUAAGGAUGUAUUAUUUGUAGUUCGUUUUUGUUUGUGUGUUUGUGUGUAUUAUUUUGCUGUGACACUUUCUAAUGAUCAUUUGUAAUAUAAUCACACAAAUAUCCAUACUGUAAACAGUUUCAAAGCCUUCUCUGUUUUACUUGAAAGAGAACAAACUAAAGGAUGAGAGGGAAUCACGCCUUCCACAACGGCUCUGAUUCAAGGUAAACGUCUGCAGAGGUGUGUGGCUCCUGUAGCAGUACUGAGUACGCUUUUCGCUCAUGCUAUCUCCUCUUACUUACAGAAAUUAAUGAGUGCAUUCUUGUCUAAAUCAAUUACAAGAAACGAGUUUGAUUUGUUUGGAUAAAUGUCUUGUUUAUUUUCUAUGAUUUUUGCUGUGGUAUCGUUUAUUCUUUUCCCUGACUAAGCAACUGCCACGUCUUUGCAAAGUGUGACUUCAACACACAUCAUCUUGGAAGACGACUUUGAGGGCUGAUCGGACUGUUUAGAUUCAAAGUGCCUCUUUAGUGAAUGAGACUAUUUAGACGUGUACAUAUUUGGUUGGCUCGUGUGUAGUAAGCUGUCCCUUUAUAACAAAGAUUCACGUGUUCCUCCAUAGAUGUUCAAUGAUUCAGCUCAUUUCUUAAAGGUGUUCCCUUCAACAUGCCUCAUAAAAUAUGUUCUACUGUCCAAGGAUCCUGUUUAAUAUCCCUCAGGUUAUUAGCAUUUUAAUUCAGUGGCUUCCAAAUAUGGUCCUAUUUUUAUUUAUUUAUUUUUGUUUCAAAUAGGCUAUUGAAUGUGAAUAUCAAUUUAUUGUAUUGAAAAGGUUGAACGAUUUUUGCGUAAAGUCUUUUCUUGUAGACCUACCUACUCAAUUGGAAAGGAGGAAUAUUUGAUAUCAGAUAUCGGUUGUUCCUAUAUCAUGGCCACAAAAAGUGACCAGAAGGGGAAUUGAACGGCACUCAGCCUGUAGGCCGAUCCUGUAGGCCUUCUUUGGCCUCUCCGUUAUUUACGUGUCGCUUCACCUCAGCUUUGUGUUAUAUGGUCAGUGAACCCUCGACCUUCGUUCCUCAGAGGUCUGUUGGACGCAUGCAGGGAGAAAUUUUCAUAUGGAUGAGAAAGAAAGUGGAUUUUAUUCACUUGAAAGAGGUUAUAACUUAAAUCUCUGACCGCGGCCAUCAUCACAUAAACACUGUCGUUAAAUUAAAAAAGUAUGCAUAUUGUUGUGAAUGCAUUUGACUGUUUGGAACGUUGGUGUCAACCUCUGCAACAUCUGAAUAUCUUUCAUAACUGUCCUGAGUUAGCCAUGCAAAUUAAAAUAAAUCCAUCUGAGUUACGUUUGAAUUUGUGACCGUGUGAAUAAAAGUAGAACUCCACUCUAUUGUUGAAAUCAUCACUUAAAUGUCGUAAACUCUUAUUUAGAAAAUAAAUUACCAGUGUAAGGCAAGCUGAAACAUAAACGUCAUGAAUGUUUGAGAGUAAGACAGUUCUAGAGGACCACAAUAACCACAUUAAACAGUAUGCCUGCACAUUUUCCACAUCCUGAGCACGAAAACAUCUCUUAG